AUCCUGACCGGGGAGGACUGGAACAUGGUGAUGUACGACGGCAUCAUGGCGUACGGCGGCCCCGUGUUCCCAGGGAUGAUCGUCUGCGUUUACUUCGUCAUCCUCUUCAUCUGUGGUAACUACAUCCUGCUGAAUGUCUUCUUGGCCAUCGCUGUGGACAACCUGGCGGGCGGAGACGGAGACAACAAGAACAAAGAGAAGAAGACGGAGGAAGUGGCGGCGGAGGAAGCAGUCGGAGCACAAGAGGAAGAAGAAAAGGAAAAUGAAGUGAAG